GUGUUUUUCUCUGUGGAGGAGUGGGCCCUGCUGGAUUUUGAGCAAAAAACCCUGUAUCGAGAGGUUAUGCUGGAAAACGCAAGGAACGUGGCCUCCCUAACAGGUGACGGAUGGGAGAUGGAGGAUUCUGGCAGUGAGACAGCAGCACCUUUGCCAAAAGGCAGGAAGAAAGUUGUGGAAAGGUUGUUGGGAAAGCAAAGGGCUGAGGAAAACCAGUUAAAAGGGGGGCUGGGGAAAUGCUCUACUUUUCAGUGUGCAGAUAUCAGGGUCUUCUGGGCCAAAGACGAUCACCAAGAAAAAGGAGUGUGUCCAGGGUGUGGAAAAAUACUCGGAGAUGAAUCAGGAUUAUGUGACUGUUGCAGAAGCCAUGCUGUAGAGAAACAAGAUGAAAGUGGGAACCGCUCCAGAAGGACCUUUCCUCUUACUUUAUGUCAGAGAAUACAAGAAGAAGGAAAACCAUAUAAAUGCCUGGAAUGUGGAAAGUGCUUCAAAAAUCCAAGUUAUCUUACUUCCCAUAAAAGGACCCACACAGGGGAGAAACCAUAUAAAUGUGAGGAGUGUGGAAAACACUUUGCUGAAUCGCGUUCCCUCACUUCCCAUAAAAGGAUCCACACUGGGGAGAAACCAUAUAAAUGUGAGGAGUGUGGAAAACACUUCACUGAGUCAGGUUCCCUCACUUCCCAUAAAAGGAUCCACACCGGGGAAAAACCAUAUAAAUGCAAGGAAUGUGGAAAGAGCUUCACUGAGUCAGGUUCCCUCACUUCCCAUAAAAGGAUCCACACAGGGGAGAAACCAUAUAAGUGCAUGGAAUGUGCAAAGACUUUCACAACCAGCAGUUACCUUAGUAUCCACAAGAGGAUCCACACAGGGGAGAAACCGUAUAAAUGCAUGGAAUGUGGAAAGAGCUUCCGUUCUGCAAAACACCUUAUUUCCCAUAAAAGGAACCACACGGGGGAGAAACCAUAUGAAUGCCAGGAGUGUGGAAAACGCUUCACUGAGUCAGGUUCCCUCAUUUCCCAUAAAAGGAACCACACUGGGGAGAAACCAUAUAAAUGCCAGGAGUGUGGAAAGAGCUUCAGAGAUUCAGGUUAUCUUAAUUCCCAUAGAAAGAUCCACACUGGGGAGAAACCUUAUGAAUGCAAGAAGUGUGCAAAGAGCUUUAGACAAAAAUACCAUUAUACUGAACAUAACAGAAUCCACACUGGGGAGAAACCAUAUAAAUGCCUGGAGUGUGGAAAGAGCUUCCGUUCUGCAAAACACCUUACUUCCCAUAAAAGGAUCCACACCGGGGAGAAACCGUAUGAGUGCAAGGAAUGUGGAAAGAGCUUCAGUCAAAAACAUAAUUAUACUGUACAUAACAGAAUCCACACUGGGGAGAAACCAUAUAAAUGCCAGGAUUGUGGAAAGAGUUUCAGAGCUUCAACUUUCCUUACUUCCCAUAAAAGGUUGCACACCGAGGAGAAACCAUAUAAAUGCACAGAAUGUGGAAACUGCUUCACUAACUCAGGUUCCCUCACUAUCCAUAAAAGGAUCCACACUGGGGAGAAGCCAUAUAAAUGCCAGGAGUGUGGAAAGAACUUCACAGCUUCGAGUUCUCUUACUUCCCAUAAAAGGAUCCACACUGGGGAGGAACCAUAUAAAUGGCAGGAGUGUGGAAAGAGCUUCACUCAAAAACAUCAUUAUACUAUACAUAACAGAAUCCACACUGGGGAGAAACCCUAUAAAUGCAUGGAGUGUGGAAAAUGCUUCACUGAGUCAGGUUCCCUCACUUCCCAUAAAAGGAUCCACACAGGGGAGAAACCAUAUAAGUGUGUGGAGUGUGGAAAAUGUUUCAGAACCAGCAGUAUGCUUAGUCACCACAGGAGGAUCCACACAGGGGAGAAAUCAUAUAAAUGCACUGAGUGUGGAAAAUGCUUCACUGAAUCUGCUUCCCUUCCUGUAAAAGUGGGAAGUGAGGCUGACUCCGUACCUGUUGAUUUUCUGAAAGUCCCUCAAAACCUGGUUAUGCAAUCAGGCCUGGGGACCCCAGGGGACCGGUGAGAUACUGAGGUGGCUC